AUGAUAUUAGUGUGUCUUUUGGUGUGUAUAUCAGAGUCUGUGAUCACACCAAACAACAUAUCAUCGGAUUCAUUCAAGGAUGUCUUCAUGAAAAUAGUCAACGAGUCUAAGAAUAACAAUUUUGUGAGUGGUGCAGUCUCUGUCAACUAUAGAGGACAAAACAUAUACAGCGAUGUUACUGGAUUCUCAGACAUAUCGAAACGAAAGAUUGCUAACAACGAAACAUUGUACCCAUGGUCGUCUGUCAGUGCAGUCUUAGUUCACGUAUCAAUCAUGCAGCUCUACGAGGAUGGUAAGCUCGACCUAGAAGACGACAUCAAGAAACACCUCGGUAAGAAUUUCUUCAAGAGGAUGACAUACGAAGAUCCAGUAAAGAUCAUCAACCUGAUGAACCACGACACGUGCUGGGAUGAUACUGCAGAGAAAUCGAUCGUCCCCGGAUCUAAGAUCGAUAUCGACCUCGAGGACGUCAUCAAGAAGAACGAGCCUAGGCAGUUCUGCAGACCUGGGACAUUCGUCUCUUAUUCUGACUACGGUCUCGCCGUCGAGGGUCUUAUCGUUGAUAAAGUUUCUAAUAUGAAGUACUCCGAAUACGUCAAGAAGAAUAUAUUCGACAGACUUGGUAUGAGAAGAUCUUCGAUCGAUCCUAUGCGGAAUGACAUCUCAGAAGAUAUUCUCGUAAACGAAGCUAAACCUUAUGCAUUCAACAGCAAGAGAAACAGAAUCGAAGAGACCGAGUACUAUUCGAACCAGUUCUACCCUUCUGGAUCAGCACUGUCGACAAUAUCUGAUCUCUCGAUUUUCGCAAACGCGCUCGUCGGUACGAACAACUCGACACCACUAUUCAAGAAUAUCUCUACUCUUUCUGAGUUUUACAACAUAACGAAGAAAGACGAGAGGAUAUCACAUGGUCUUUUCCAACAAUACUACUCGGGGAGGAUAAAAGGAUACGAUCACCGAGGAAACAAUGUUGGAUACACAGCAUACAUCUCUCUCCUUCCUGAAUACGGAUUCAGUUAUGUCGGAAUGUCGAACCUGCAAGACGAAUAUGUCAUUUCAAAAUCAUUUCAUCGCACACUAUGGGGACUAUAUAAUCCAUCAAAUGAAAAAGUUAUAUCUUAUUAUAUAAGUAGCUAUUAUCGUCCAACAAAUAUUGUUCACAGAGGUUUCUUCAAACGUCAUGAUCUUAACAAACAUUAUCAACUUCUUAUUUAUGAUGGAAGAAAACAAUUCUCAUUCUUAGGUGAUAUUUAUAAUAUUUCGGAGGAUAACGUGUUCACAAAUAGUAACAUUAGCAAAUGGCCGUAUACUGGUAAAUAUCAAAUUACAUUUACACAUAAUCAAGAAGGACAAGUCAAUGGGUUAUGCAUCUUAGACGAAUGUUAUGAAAAUUUUGACUAUUUUUCAACAUUAAAUGAUGAUAACUUCUUCAAAUCGGAUACUUUUCUGUUUGGUUUAGAUAUUUUUCCUUUAACAAUAGGUUUGGAAUUAUUAAUAUUUUUAAGAUGUAUAGAAUUUCCUAUUUUUGCGCUCAGAUUUCUAAUAAUCCGAAUUGUGACCUAUACAUUGAUGUUAAUAUCAUUAGUGUUAUCUCAUCGAAACUUAAUACAAAAUAGAAUUUGUGUGAGAAGAAAAGUUUUAGCUAUUAUUUAUGGACUAAUUACAUUAUAUUGUAUUGAAACGUUUUAA